AUGUCUACCACCUCGAAGCCGCAAGAUAAUAGCAAAUUCGGGCAUUUGCCCCUCUCGACGUCCGGGCCACAAGAGACAACCUUGACCGGAAAUGCGCUCCUCCGGACGCCAUACUUCAACAAGGGCUCGGCCUUCACUAAAGAAGAGCGUGAUACCUUCAAACUCCAUAGCCUCCUACCUUCAAACAUGCAAACCCUUGACGAGCAGGUCAGGCGCGCGUACGCCCAGUACAGCUCUCGUCCGAACGAUCUCGCGAAGAACACUUUCAUGGCGAGUCUGAAGGAGCAAAAUCACGUCCUAUACUACAAGCUCAUUCUCGACCACCUCAAGGAAAUGUUCCCCGUCAUCUACACCCCGACCGAAGGUGAUGCCAUAGCCGAGUACUCUACGCUCUUCAGAAGGUCUGAAGGCUGUUUCCUUAAUAUCGAUGAUGCCGACCGUAUAGAGGACGACAUCAAACAGUGGGGCAAUCCCGAGGACAUCGAUGUGAUAGUCGUGAGCGACGGACAGCAGAUUUUGGGUAUCGGAGACCAGGGAGUUGGAGCGAUCUUAAUCAGUGUGGCUAAAUUGGUCAUCUACACGCUAUGCGCUGGCAUCCAUCCGUCGAGAACGUUGCCCGUAGUACUCGACUGUGGUACCGAUAACAAGGAAUUGCUUGAUGAUGAUCUGUAUCUUGGCUUGCCUAAAGGCCGCGUUCAAGGCGAGCGAUAUGACGACUUCGUUGAUAAAUUCGUCAGCGCUUGCAGGAAGCGGUACCCGAAAGCAUACAUCCACUUCGAGGACUUUGGAUUGAACAACGCGCGGAGAAUUCUCGAUAAAUACACGCCCGAGAUCGCCUGCUUCAACGAUGAUGUACAGGGGACUGGGUGUGUCACUCUUGCCGCUAUCAUGGCAGCUUUCAAAGUCAGCGGCGUGAAUUGGGACGAAGCUCGGUUCGUUAUGUUUGGAUCGGGAUCAGCAGGUACUGGUAUUGCCGAUCAGAUCAAGGAUGCCAUUGCGCAGAAUACCGGAAAGUCUGUAGAAGAGGCAGGACGUCAGAUCUGGUGUGUUGAUAAACCAGGGCUUCUCUUGCAGGGCAAGAAAAACGAGCUCACCCCAGCCCAGCUCCCUUACGCAAGAGCCGACAAAGAGUGGGAAGGCAAGGAACACGGCGACCUUCUAUCAGUCAUCAAGGAAGUCAAGCCGCAUGUUCUCAUUGGCACAUCUACCAAACCAGGAGCAUUCACGCAAGACGCUAUUCGAGAGAUGGCGAAGCAUGUGGAGCGCCCUGUGAUCUUCCCGCUAUCGAACCCAACUAGACUGCACGAAGCAAAGCCGCAAGAUCUGUAUGACUGGACCGACGGAAAGGCCCUGGUGGCUACAGGCUCACCAUUCCCACCAGUGAAGCACAAUGGGAAGGAGUAUGAAAUCUCCGAGUGCAACAACUCUGUGACCUUCCCUGGAAUUGGUCUCGGCGCAAUUCUCAGUCGCACGCGCCUGAUGACUCCCGCUCUCCUCGUCGCCGCCGUCAAGGCUCUCGCUUCAGCUGCUCCAGUGGUCAACAAUUCAGGAGCCGGUCUCUUACCCGACGUCGAGAACGUUAGAGAGAUCAGUGUCCAGAUCGCAAAGAGUGUAAUCAAGAAAGCUAUCGAAGAUGACCUUGCGCAGGAGAAGGAUAUUCCCACAAAUGAUGAUGAUCUAGAAGAGUGGAUCCGCGAGCAGAUGUGGAAUGCAGAGUAUCGACCACUGAAGCUAAUCAAGGAGCAUACAGCGAAUGCACAUGCAAAGGGCGAGGCGGGCACGGCUUCAGGCCACAGGGAAGCCAAGUUCGACCACUGA